UGUGAAUCAAAGUUAGAUUGGAUAAAUCUGAGGAACUUUUGAGCAAUCCUAAUGACUUGGAGGGUAAUCACCAUAAUAUUUGAGUUCCUUAGCCACGACCCCUAGACUAGACUAGAUGUCACCGCACGUGCCCUAUCCAGCCCGAUAACAGUAACAACAUCAUCAUCAUGUGAGUUUGUGUUUCAAUUCAUUCAUUCAUUCAUUCACAGUUUAAGGAUAUGGCUUCAGCUUUAUCCUCUAUCAUCAACCAACCUCACACUGCUCAACGCCUUAAACUUCAUUCUCCAUCUUGUCUCAGAUUCUUCAAACACAAACACUAUGCUUUUCUCCCUUCUCCCAAACCAUUUUCAUCUUCACGUCCUCUUCAUCUCAUCACCGCUUCCAGAACCUUCUCAUCGCUUUCCACCAAACCUAAAAAUCCUUCCCUUCGCAACUUCAUCGCCCAAGCUUCUCUCACCGCUUCCCAAUUUCAACAACCCCACCUCGUGGCGGAUACUGAAGCUCCUUCAACUGGUCGAAUAUAUCAUGAGACAUAUGGAUGUCAAAUGAACGUUAAUGAUAUGGAGAUUGUUCUGUCUAUAAUGAAAAAUGCAGGCUAUAAUGAAAUUGUGACUGCUCCUGAGAAUGCAGAGAUAAUAUUCAUCAACACUUGUGCCAUAAGAGAUAAUGCAGAAAUGAAAGUGUGGCAGAGGCUUAAUUACUUUUGGUUUCUUAAAAGGAACUGGAAGGCGAAUGUCGCUACUGGAAGGUCACAAUCCCUACGUCCUCCGAAAGUAGUUGUUUUGGGAUGUAUGGCUGAGAGGUUAAAGGAAAAGAUACUCGAUUCAGACAAAAUGGUUGAUGUUGUAUGUGGGCCUGAUGCUUAUAGGGAUUUGCCACGGUUACUGGAAGAGGUUGAGUAUGGCCAGAAAGGGAUUAACACUCUUCUUUCCCUUGAGGAAACUUAUGCUGAUAUUAAUCCAGUUCGGAUCUCUCAGAAUUCAAUUAGUGCUUUUGUUUCAGUGAUGAGGGGUUGCAACAAUAUGUGUUCGUUUUGUAUUGUACCUUUUACUAGAGGAAGAGAGCGAUCACGUCCUGUCGAAUCCAUUGUGAGAGAGGUGGCAGAGCUUUGGAAAGAGGGUGUGAAAGAAGUAACGCUUCUUGGCCAGAAUGUGAACAGCUACAAUGAUGCAUCUGUGGUUGAAAAAGAGGCUGAAGCAGGGUCCAACUGGAAACUUAGUGAAGGAUUUUCCAGCAUAUCAAAGGUCAGAACCACGGGCUUAAGGUUUUCUGAUCUGUUGGAUCGGCUCUCAUUAGAAUUUCCUGAGAUGCGUUUCAGAUUCACGUCUCCACACCCUAAAGAUUAUCCAGAUGAACUGCUUUAUAUUAUGCGGGAAAGACAUAAUAUAUGCAAAUUGAUACAUUUACCUGCCCAAUCAGGAAGUAGCAAAAUGCUUGAGAGAAUGAGGCGAGGAUAUACUCGUGAGGCUUACUUGAGUCUUGUGCAAAAAAUACGAAGUAUUAUUCCAGAUGUGGCCCUAAGCAGUGAUUUCAUUUGUGGUUUUUGUGGAGAAACGGAGGAGGAUCAUUCUGACACAUUGACUCUAGUAAAAGAAGUUGGUUAUGAUAUGGCAUACAUGUUUGCUUAUAGCAUGAGGGAGAAAACUCAUGCCCACAGAAACUAUGUCGAUGAUGUUCCUGAGGAAACUAAGCAGAGGAGGCUAACUGAACUUAUUGAGACUUUCCGUGAGAGCACAGGAAAGUGUUACGAUGAACAGGUUGGAACUACACAGCUUGUAUUAGUUGAAGGACCCAAUAAAAGAGCUCCAGAUACCGAACUAAUUGGCAAGAGUGACAAGGGCCAUCGGGUUAUAUUUGUCAAUCUGCCAAUCUCAGACAGGGAAGAUGUUAAUACAAAACGAAAUCCUGCGGUUGGCGAUUAUGUUGAAGUUCAGAUAACAAGAUCUACAAGGGCAUCACUCUUCGGCGAAGCACUUGCUAUUACUAAAUUGAGUUCAUUUUACAAUAAUCUGGAAAGAGAAGCUGUUGCUUGCAGCAUGUAAAAGUAAAACUUUGCUGCAUAAACAGUUUGUCGUCGCAAUUUCUGGAUAUAGCAAUCGUAAUUUACCUCGGCGUUGACUAAACCACAUUUUGUGGGAAAAACCCUACAACCAUGCAAUGGAGUGAAAUUAUGAAGUUUUCCGCGAAAAUGGUUCGACUCUGCAUCAAACCAUACAAUGUAGCACUGAGAAUAUUGACAACCUGCAAUGCAACAUCAAAACCAAAUAGCCUAGGGGAGGAUUGCUGUGAUUUUUGUCUUUAAAUAUGUUGUUAUAAGCGGGCUUUGAUGAAGCACACGGAAGAUUUAAUAUGGUCUUUGAAUCAUAUUAUUAUUAAUUUAUUUGUUUAAAUUUUACACCAUAGUUCUUAGGAGUCUGAUGUUAUCACUCAAUCAACCAUCAUAUCAAGUAGUUUUCCUAGUUAUCUAUCUGGCCACUUGUUCCUAUGUUAUGUCUCAAUGCUGCAUGAUGGAAAAAGAUUAGAAAACAUUUGGAUAAUCUUA